AUGAGAGCUGCCGGCCUCGACAAGGAGUUUGAGGAGCUGGCACGCUACGAUGGCGAGGCGAUGAAAAUAAUGAAUGAAAAGGGCAAAAUACUGGUCCAGUUGGAGGCCUCGGGGAAGGACAAGUCUCGCCUUGCUGGCUCACGCCCUGAAAUUGAUCGCGCCUUGCUCAGGCAACUACUCGGCCAGAGCUUGCCCGAAGGUAUGAUUCGCUGGGGCCACCACCUGAAAAGCGUCGAAGAGGAUGGCCGCCUUGUCUUCAGAGACAGCACCGAGUCCGGCUUCGACCUUAUUGUUGGUGCAGAAGGAGCAUGGAGCAAGGUGCGCAAGCUGUUGAGCAAUCAGGUGCCAGUCUAUUCUGGCCUAAGCAUGUACGAGAUUGCCAUACCGGAGCCGGAAACGAGAACCCCCGAGCUCUAUAAGCUAGCCAACCGCGGUAGUAUUUUCGCACACGCUCCUGAAGGCCGCGAACUGGUGUUCCAGCAAAUGGGUUCUGGAGAGCUUCAUGUCUAUGCCAUCUUCAGAGCGGACGAGAGUUGGAUGGAUGAGCAGCGCAAGAAUCCGCCCGCGUUGGCUGAUGUCAAGGAGAUACUCCUUGGAAAGAACGGGACCUUUGCCGACUACAACGAAACGUUGAAGGACGGCCUGGCAAACUGUGAGGAGAAAUGUAUCCCACGUCAGCUCCACAUGCUUCCUGUGGGGUUCCGCUGGAAGCACCGCCGGGGCGCCACAAUCAUUGGCGAUGCGGCGCACGUCAUGACCCCAUUUGCAGGCGAGGGCGUCAACGUCGGUCUCAAAGAUUCCCUGGACCUGUCGGCAGCUAUCAUCGCAGCGAUCAGAGACGACAAUACAGAGGUAUCCCUCGCUGAUCGUCUCGACAAGGCGGUCGAAAGACACGAGAUAGAGAUGGGGCCGCGGGUAGAUGGAUACACGACGCUCACUAAUGACAUGAUGAAUAUUUGGUUUUUCUCAUCCGAGCCGCCUGAGAAAAAGGUCGUCAAGGCCAUGAGCAAGAUUGUCAGCUUCAACUCUCCAUAUGUCUUGCGGCCCUUCGCCGGCGCAGGAGUGCAAAUCUAUUUUGCGAUGAAGAAUGCGCUGGGCAGUGUCUUUGGUUGUAUGCGAGCUUGGCACGGAAUUACGAGGCAUUGGAAUUGA